AUGAUCGGGGGGAGUUCUUGGAUAAGUACACCUGGCAAGUUGUUGGUAAAGGCCACAGCAAGAAACGGCAUAAACGGUUCUUUUGGACACAUCCCUAUACUAGGACUCUGUACUGGAGCUCGGCGGACCCAGGCGCUUCUAGUACGGGUGAAUCGACUGCUCAAAGUGCUCAGGCUCAAAUUCCGCUUUGUUGGACAGCCUACAUUGACACCGUUAAGUCCGUUAUUGAUCCCAAUCCCAUGCCUCCUACCUUGUGUCCUUGGCGACAUUGAUGCAUACGAGCUCGAAAUGUGGAGGUUUACAAACUCACCAGCUAAUUUCGUCGACAAUGAUCAUGAAGUGCUUGAGGUGCUAGUCAGCGAGGCAUUUUCCAAUAUGGGGGUCAAAAAACUCUUUACGAGGCAGGUAAUAGCAGGCUUGAACAUCUCAGCUGGAGAGGUACUGCUUGUCAAGUUUCCCGAUCCUCCUGUUCUCGAACUGUACUGUCUUAUUCGUGGCGAUGGUGCCAACCAUAUCUUUCCGGCCAAAAUUGCGAGUACAGAGUCUGUCGGCACCCUCAAGGAGAUUGUUAGGGAGAAGAAUAAGUUCGCUCUCGAACACAUGGAUGCAAAGACCCUCACACUCUGGAAGGUUUCCAUCCCGGUCGAUGACAGUCUCAAGGAAGAAGGCGACCGUGUCGCCGAAGCCUGCAAGGCAUGGGGUUCAUCCGUUUCACAAGAGGCCCCUUCCUCAGGAGGCCUACCCAAAAAGUUUGUUGCCAUCCAGAAAAAGGACAAACCUGCGUUUGCGUUUAAUCGCCCCCCAACCACUGCCGUGAUGAUACCCAUCUCACUAUAUCAUCCCAUAUCCAGCCAGUUCCAAGAUGACUGUAAAACUUAUACACCCACCAAGGAAGACCAUGAUUUCGCUUUAAAGUUCUCCCAUUCUAUGUCAAAUAUUUACGCCAACGAAGGGGACAGGGCUGACCAAGCUCGAAAAGAUUUCGCAAGCUAUGGUCUCGACUUGUUGCCCACUGGAAUUGGCAAGUAUUGGACUGAUGGAGAUCUUCGCUACAAGGGCUUUUGCUUUGCACUCAUCGAGGCCAAGGCAGAGCUUUCCACCGGCGGUGCUGAGCCUUUUUUCGAGGCUGCCUGGUACUAUAGUGCCUUCAUAAGGAACCACUUUGACGAAACCCGUUCGCGUCUCCCUUGCUUUAUCCUCUACCUUGCUGGUGCCCACAUUGGCUUUUCCGGCUCCGUCUUGACCAUUCACCCUCAUCUGGAGGUCCUAGCCCCCAAUCACUACGAAUCCGAACCUCCACAUAUAACCUCUGACCCGAUCCUUAUGUUUCCGUAUCCUACCAACUUCGAUUCCCUGCGCGGUACCACAAAGUACGCAUUUGAAUACUCAUCGCAGCUUGACGAGAAGAGGCUCCUAUUUUCCGGCACUGUUGGUGAUGAGAAAAUAUUCACCCAUCGAUACUCCGAGGAUGCACAUCUUGCAUGCUUCUCGCUUGGUUGUGCACCUGCUUUGAAGUGGUAUCAGCCCAUUGCGGGUGGAUGGUAUAUGGUUGUCAUGGCUUUAAUCGGGGAUGAUUAUCAUGAAUUGCGGCAUUCAGAGAUGAAAGCCUUGUUCAAAGCCGAAAUCGAAGAGAAGGUGAACAAAAAGCAUUUGUGCAUGGUGAUAUUCGAACCACCAAUGUCAUGGUGUGGAAAGAUGUCGACUUUGACUGGGCAGGCAAAAUUGAGGAAGUGCGAUAUCCAAUGA